UAACGACGUUCUUGCACGUGGAUAUUAAGAAGUUGACAAUGGGACGCUUAGCUGAGGUUGCGGGUGACAGCACUACGGAUGAGAGAUCAAGAACCUUUGUGUUUCAAGACGAGGGUCACACAUUGGGAAACAUACUGAGAUCAAUUAUAUCCCAAUAUCCAGAUGUAGAAUUUUGUGGGUACACGGUUCCCCAUCCUGCCGAAUCGAAGAUGCACUUCAGAAUUCAGUCGAAAUCAGAGAAAGCCGUAGAUGUCCUGCGAAGAGGACUUCAAGAUCUGGAGAAGGUGUGCGAUCACACUAUGGAAACAUUUGAUUCAGCAUUAAAUGAAUACAGAAAAAGAAAGGAAUCAAUGGACACUAAUUGAAUUAUAAAUUAUGUAAAGUUUAAGUUGUACAAAUUAUUGUUCACUAUAAUUGCUCUACUUUAAAUAAAGUAUUUUUAUGGGAAA